AUGGACAGAGGCAGCCACCGGGAUGUUUCUCCAGCAAGGACACCUCCUCAGGCUUCUCCAGCAAGGACACCUCCUCAGGCUUCUCCAGCAAGGACACCUCCUCAGGCUUCUCCAGCAAGGACACCUCCUCAGGCUUCUCCAGCAAGGACACCUCCUCAGGCUUCUCCAGCAAGAACAUCUCCUCAGGCUUCUCCAGCAAGAACAUCUUCUCAGGCUUCUCCAGCAAGGACAUCUCCAGUCUGGGCAUCUCCAUCCCGGGCUUCUUCUCCUCAGGCUUCUCCAGCAAGGUCGUCUCCAGUUGGGGUAUCACCUACCAGGUCAUCUUCGGCCAGGUCAGCCUCCACGACAUCCUCCCCAACGAGAGUGUACCUUGUUAGAGCAACACCAUUGGGGGCUGUCCCCAUCCGGGCAUCUCCUGCCAGGUCAGCAGCAGCCAUCAGGGCCACCGGGGAGAGCCCAGGUCCCAGCUCGCCCAAGUUCUCCUGGCAGGAGACCCAGAGACAGCUGCCUCUCAUCGGGUGUAUCAUCCUUCUCAUCAGCCUGGUGAUCUCACUCAUCCUUCUCUUCUACUUCUGGCGAGGCCACACAGGGAUCAAACACAAAGAACCGAUAGAGAGUUGUUCCAACCAUGCUGUUCGCUGUGAUGGAGUAGCAGACUGCAAAAUGAAAACUGACGAGCUGGGUUGUGUCAGGUUCGACUGGGACAGGUCUCUGCUGAAGGUCUACUCUGGGUCCUCUGGCGAGUGGCUACCUGUCUGCAGCAGCAGUUGGAGUGACAGCGACUCUGACAGGACCUGCCAGCAGCUGGGUUUUAACAGUGCUUACAGAACAUCCGCAGUGGCCCACAGGGACGUCACCAGCAGCUUUCUACUGUCCAAAUACAACUCCACCAUCCAGGAGAGCCUGUACAGGUCUGAGUGUCCCUCCCAGCGGUAUGUCUCCCUCCAGUGUUCCCACUGUGGUCUGAGAGCUAUGACCGGGCGGAUCGUGGGAGGGGCAGUGACCUCAGAGAGCAAGUGGCCUUGGCAAGUCAGCCUGCACUUUCGCACGACCCACAUCUGUGGGGGCACACUCAUCGAUGCCCAGUGGGUGCUCACCGCUGCCCACUGCUUCUUUGCGACCCAGGAGAUGGUUCUGGAGGGUUGGAAGGUGUAUGCAGGCACCAGUAACCUGCACCAGCUGCCUGAAGCUGCCUCUAUCUCCCAGAUCAUCAUCAAUGGCAACUACACCGAUAAGCAGGAUGACUAUGACAUCGCCCUCAUGAGGCUUUCCAAGCCUCUGACCCUGUCAUCUCACAUCCACCCUGCCUGCCUCCCUAUGCAUGGACAAACCUUCGGCCUCAAUGAGACCUGCUGGAUCACUGGCUUCGGCAAAACCAAGGAGACAGAUGAGAAGACAUCUAUCUAUCUUCGAGAGGUUCAGGUCAACCUCAUCGACUUCAAGAAGUGCAAUGGCUACUCAGUCUAUGACAGUUACCUUACCCCGAGGAUGAUGUGUGCUGGGGACCUUCAAGGAGGGAGGGACUCCUGCCAGGGAGAUAGCGGAGGACCUCUUGUCUGUGAGCAGAACAACCGCUGGUACCUGGCAGGUGUCACCAGUUGGGGCACAGGCUGUGGCCAGAGGAACAAGCCUGGUGUGUACACCAAAGUGACAGAAGUACUCCCCUGGAUUUAUAGCAAGAUGGAGAGUGAGGUACGCUUCCAGAAAUCUUAACCAAUUCCACGUACAACGCCGACUGCUAUGAAGAUCCUGGCUAAAGGGACUGGCUGUUUGCUGGACC